AUAUGGUAGAAAACAUGGUUUAUGCCCUGUGGACUUCAGGUCCUCAUCUUAGAGCUUGCUCUGUCAGCCCCAGUGGUCCAAGUAGGGUAGCUGCUGGUGGGAUCACUGAGUUUCAUUGUUGGGUCUGAGAGUCCUGACGAACUUGAGCUUUAAAGGAGUUCCACUUCUCAGGGCUGCUAUGUAGAUUCCAGCCAGAACCUACAAAGCUAAAAACUUUUGUUCUCUGUGCUUGCCAUUCUUAAGGUUCCACUUUCAUGGCCCUGAGUAAGAAGUCUGAAGACCAGCAUGGAAGUGCUUGCUAUGUUGUCAUCCUCACACCAUAGACAACCCCUCACUGGCAGAGCAUCUGAGACCACCAAGCCGCCAAGAGGUCAGAGCUGCCCCAGGUCCUCCCUUCCCCUUCUGGCUUCUGCAAACACACCACUAACCUGAGGGAGCCCGUAGUGUGAGAUAGUUCAGAAACUCAAGGAAGAACUGAAGGAUGCUGAAAGCCUCUCAAGGGCAAUGAACACUUUGGCUGCCCUCUUUUUUCUCCAGUCCUAUUCUUCAAGCCCAGAGUCUACAAAAGGAGAAUUGUAGGCCACGUGGCAUCAGAGCCUCUAACUUUGACUUUCUCACCCUUCCUUCCUGGAAGACAUUCAAGUGGGGAUACUUUGAGGUGAGAAGAGGCCCCUGGUCAGUACCUGGGAUGACCACUGUGGGUAACCGAGAUGACCUUGUCUUCCAGGGCUUCUGGGGUCUCUUAUCCUUGAGCUGGGUUGCCCCCAAAGCAGGCUUUUACCUCCAAUGUGGUCUUAGUUUAAAAAGUGGGCUCACACUCAUCUACCCCACAGCCUUGCAGUGGAGCUAGUGUGGGGCCAGUGACGUGGUCCCUGUCACUGCUAGAAGACAAAACUAUAGAGAAGAUUUUGUGGUCUUGGGAAGAUAUGCAAGGCAUAUACGUUAGAAAAGAAAGCAUUCCUGUAUCUGCUACUAGGGCUGCAUACAAUUUAUUCCAGUGCUGGGAGACAGAAAGGAAUGAGCAGGGGCCAGUAACUUGUUUCUUAUCUGGGAUAUUUCUUGGCAGACCUCAAAAUGAGACCAUCGCAGUGGGGAGGUGACUGGGCUGGGGCCAAGAGAAGAGGCUUGCCAGCACCGUCAGCUGGCAAACCUAAGAGGAAAAGUGAGGCCUGGUCUCUGCCCCGUUCCUGUUCCCCACCUGUUUCUACUCUUUUUCUCCCCUUUCCCUAGCUCUGCCAGACUAUCUCCCUGGGUGCCCGCCUCCCCACCCACCCCUGGAGGGCGGGGCUUGGCUGUACCCACGUGUGGCGGAGUUAUAUGCUCCUAGCCAGCAGAGAAGCUGGAGAGUGUGGCACGGAACCGGCUCAGGCAGAAAAGCAGCACCAUGGCUGGCAAGAAAGUCUGCAUUGUAGGCUCGGGCAACUGGGGCUCAGCCAUUGCCAAGAUUGUGGGUCACAAUGCAGCCCAGCUGGCACACUUUGACCCACGGGUGACCAUGUGGGUGUUUGAGGAAGACAUUGGGGGCAGAAAGCUGACAGAGAUCAUCAACACACAGCAUGAGAAUGUCAAAUAUUUGCCAGGGCACAAGCUGCCCCACAACGUGGUGGCUGUCCCAGAUGUGGUCCAAGCUGCAGCAGAUGCCGACAUUCUGAUCUUUGUGGUGCCCCAUCAGUUCAUCGGCAAGAUUUGUGAUCAGCUCAAGGGCCACCUGAAGGCAAACACCAUUGGAAUAUCUCUUAUUAAGGGGGUAGACAAGGGCCCCAAUGGGCUGAAGCUCAUCUCUGAAGUGAUUGGGGAGCGCCUUGGCAUGCCCAUGAGUGUGCUGAUGGGGGCCAACAUUGCCAGCGAGGUGGCUGAUGAGAAGUUCUGUGAGACAACCAUUGGCUGCAAGGACCCAGCCCAGGGACAGCUUCUGAAAGAGCUGAUGCAGACACCCAAUUUCCGCAUCACAGUGGUGCAAGAGGUGGACACAGUAGAGAUCUGUGGGGCCUUAAAGAAUGUCGUGGCCGUGGGGGCUGGCUUCUGUGAUGGGCUGGGCUUUGGCGACAACACCAAGGCGGCAGUGAUCCGACUGGGGCUCAUGGAGAUGAUCGCCUUCGCCAAGCUCUUCUGCAGGGGCCCUGUGUCUUCUACCACCUUCUUGGAGAGCUGUGGUGUUGCUGACCUCAUUACCACCUGCUAUGGAGGGCGGAACCGCAAGGUGGCUGAGGCCUUCGUCCGCACAGGAAAGCCCAUUGAGCAGCUGGAAAAAGAGAUGCUGAAUGGGCAGAAGCUGCAGGGGCCCCAGACAGCCCAGGAGCUACACAGCAUCCUCCAGCACAAGGGCUUGACGGACAAGUUCCCUCUGUUCAUGGCGGUGUACAGGGUUUGCUAUGAGAACCAGCCAGUGGGUGAAUUCAUCCACCACCUGCAGAAUCAUCCAGAACAUAUGUGAACGGAACUGUGGCCCAGGCCAGGCAGCUUCUUUGCCCCAUGGAGACAGGCAAAAGCUUGGGUAGCUGGCCACCAGAAUCUCUGGGACUCCCCACAGAACAGCUUCUUCUCUGCUUUUCACUGAAGGACAGGAGGCUCUGGGACUACCUGCGAGGAGAUCUUGAACCACCAAGCAGCCUGCAGCCUCUUGCCACAUCGCACCAGAGAUGCCUUGUCCCUCUCCAGAUAUGGGGCUUUCUCCUUAUCCUCUGGGAAGCCCCAGUGAUGCCUGUUUUGGGUGUGUGUGGUGAGGCAGAGGGUCGGGGAGAGGGAGACAAGGCAAGGGUUGUCCACUGCUGCCUUACACUAUCCCCAAGCCCAGUAAAAUGGCUAAAGAACUACCUCAGCCACAAGAGCGAUGAGGCAAGAGUUGCCUGGGCUUUUGAGCUGACACAGGGACCCCUUUGCUCUGACCUCUGCCAGGCACCACACAGCAUCAAUGGUUCUCAGUGUUUGUUAACAAAAUACAAAGAUCUCAACCCCC